ACGAUCUCCACCUGAUGAGAUAACUCCCCAGUUCCUCCAGUUCUUCCCACCUCCCUCAAUUCUCCUCUUUUUUCGAUUAUGGAUGCUAUAAAAAUAAUCGAUACUUUGAAACCAUAUACACAAAGAAGAUUAUACUUCAGAUUUGGAAGAAGGAAAUCCAUCAAUUUCAUUAUUCUUUGCAGGACAUCAUCGAUUUUAUCUGCACAAGCUGGUACACAGUGCUAUAUAGAAAUAGGAAUUCCAAUGGCUAUGUAGGAAUAUGGCUGACAACCCACAACCUCCGGUAGCAAAGAAAGCAAUAGGAAGGGCUAAGUUGAACUUUCUUACAAAGCUGAAAAAGGGCGAGAAAGUACCUCUGGAAUUUUGCCAGGGUGCACCAGUUGGACCGAAUGCAAAUAAGAUUUCGGCUUAUUGUGGAAAGAUGGCACUAAAUGGAGAAAACUUCCCUUUUGACAUUCAUGACUGGUCUGAAAUGCCCCAUAAGGAAGAAAAGCUUGAAGACUCCAUUUAAGAGAUGAAGGUAAAGAAAAUUACUUUAACCAAUAUGUUAAAUUAUUUAAUUGAUUGAAGAUUGUUGAAUUUUAACUGAUGAAUAUUGUUGAAUAUUUUUCGUUAUUCUGAUGAGAUCAACUUUUGGGUGGAGGAGAAAAUCCAUGAAAAAUGGAAGGCAAACAAACGUAACAUGAGGUUGGAACAUUUCGAUGAGAAGAAGACUGAUGCACAAAACAGAGCUAGUUGUCCAAACGAAGUUAUUGACACUCAGUGGGCAAAUAUGUUGAUAUAUUGGUGUUCACCUGAAUUCAAGGUCAGAAUGUUUACGGAUUUAUCAUUUAUGAGUUUAUAUGUUAAAAUGUGACUUCUAACUUCUGAACGUUGAAUAACAUGGAAUAAAGCGAGAAUGGCAAUGCAAGUAGAAAGCAUUUGGUUGUGCCUCAUCAUGGUGGUACUAAGUCAUUCGUGAACCACCCGAUAGAGGUAACGACUAAUAUCAACCGAUAUUGAUAGUUAAUGUUUAUGUGGAUCUUGACAUACUAUAUAUGAAUAGAUAGAAGAGACAACGCAAACGAAAGCAAGUCAAGCGGCUGUGUAUCGAAAAACCUAUAGAGCCAGAGAAGGGAAAACUCCCAACCUUAUAGCUGAAGCAAAUCGCAUAUGGCUUUUUAAUACGUUAAUUUGUAUGCUGUUAGAAUUAGUAAAAUUGUUGCAACUUGUUCUCACUUUAACUCUGCAUAUUAUAAUUGCUGGCUCAAAUGGAAGCCUUAGAGAGGGAAGAUUUAGAAGAGAAUGGUUCAGAUAAUGAUGUUUCAAUCUUGGAACUCAUUUCUUAUGACCAACUGAAAGGAGACAAGUAUUGUAAAAUCAUGGGAGCUGAGAAACCAGGUUGUAUUCGUGGUGUUGGUUCGGCAAUUAAAGUAACCAAGCUUAGGGGGAAUCUUCUCCAAAACAACGAGGAAAAUGCUGCAUUAAGAGAUGAAAUUAAGAAACUGAAGGAGGAUCAGGUUCAUAUGAAGAACGACAUGGAAGAAGAACGUCUUGAUAUGAAGAAAACUGUAGAUAAGAUGAAAAAGGCCAACGAUGAAUCACAGAAGAAAAUAGAUGCCCUUUUGCUACUGUUUGCUGGUCGGAGGGACCUCCCACAUCCAGAGCCCCAUAGAGUUAUGAUCUUACUACACGAAUAUGAGGUGUAUCGGCUUAUUGAUGGUGGAUCUUAGUUCAGGGCUAAAAUUGUAA